AUGUCAAAAAUUAUUGAGUUUUGUGGGGAUGAAUUGCCAGCUCAAUUAAUGUCAGCAAAUAAUGUUUUGACAUUAACUUAUGUUUUAAAAAGUGCAUUAAUUGGGAGAGGAAUUAACCAGUUUUCUGAUAAUAAUGAAGAAAGUGAGGAAAGUAAGGAGGAUAGGGAGCAUCAUUAUGGAUGGGUAAUUUUAAAUUUUUUUUAA